AUGCCUUCCUGGCUUCCCUCCAUUCCUUACCCUCCCCCGGACCAGCCGGGAUUCUGGGACCCCGUCACCUCGACUCUACAGUGGUGCGAAGAGGACUACUAUGUCACCUACUAUUCGGCCGAAAUCAUCAAUACUUUGACCAAUCUCAUGUUCAUAUAUCUGGCAUAUGAGGGCGUCAAAAGCUGCAGAAAAAAUGGCCAUGAUACUGUGUUUGAGGUCGCAUAUUAUGGCUACUUCCUCGUGGGAUUUGGAAGUUUCAUGUUUCAUUCGACUCUGAAAUAUCCAUGGCAACUGGUCGACGAACUCAACAUGAUUUAUACUACGUGCCUCAUGGCCUACGCCAGCCUUUCUUACUCUCAGUCCGCCAGCGUUCAAAUUGCUCUGGGUCUGUUUCUCUCCUUGUUAUGUGCGGGUAUCACGGUAUAUUACCACUAUAUCCAGGAUCCUACCUUCCAUCAGAAUGUCUAUGCCGCCAUGACGGUCUUCAUUGUCUUUCAAAGCAUAUAUCGCAUGGAGUUUACGCUACGCCCCUCAUUGAGAAAGAGCGAGGAGAAGCACCGAAGAGAGCGAGAAUUACGAGACGACCCCUUGAAGAACAAGGCAGAGAACGAAUACGAGAACAAACGAGAUAUGGAGAUUUUGAACACGAUGUGGCUGCUUGUUGCAUGUGGUCUUUCCAUCUUCCUUGGAGGCUUCGGCAUCUGGGCCUUGGACAUCAAAUACUGUUCGACUCUUCGAAGCUGGCGCAGAAGCAUUGGUAUGCCAUGGGGCUUCUUCCUCGAAGGCCAUGGAUGGUGGCACUUGAUGACCGGUAUUGGUGCAUAUUGCUACAUCGUCUGGGGUAUUCAUCUUCGACAUAUACUCAAUGGUGACCAGGAACAUUAUGUCAUGAUUUGGCCCAGGAUAUAUCGACUUCCAGAGAUCGUGAAGGUCUCAGAUCCGCCUGCUCAGGAUACCAGUACUAAUGGCGGUGAUACCAAUGGAAACUUGGAGCACAAGAAGAUCAAGUGA